AGAUAUGAGUACAGUCUGCCUCUAAUUAGAUGUAUUUAAUAGAUCAGAGGACGGAAAAAUGGUGUAAACAAAAAAUCACAACUACGAUUUAUUAAAACCAUCUGCUUUUUACAUUACGUGUGGCGUUAUAGUGAUUAAAGGAAUUGAUUUUUUGUUUAUUGUUUUGAAGAAACUGGGAAGUAUUAAUACUAUACCGAAGAAUUUAAACAGUCUCGAUUUAAAAAAGCAGCUUAAACUAAACAACAAACAUGGCGGGCGCAGGCCCAAUUUCGGAAACUCUUCCUGUUGUUUCAGUUCCCUCCAUGCUUGUAGAUGGAGGUAGAUUUCUUAAAUGGGACGAUCAAGACCUCGCAUGCUCUAUCUAUAUUCUGGAAGUUGAUCAACUUGGUCAUGUAUUGAGUUGGAAGCCGGAAGAUUUUUCAAAGGACACUGAAGUACUGGAUUUGGUUCAUGUUAGAGAUGUGAGAACUGGGCAGUACGCAAAGGUUCCAAAACCACAGGAUAUACGUGCUCGAGAUGCAAUUAAAAUGUACAGUGCUUUUGAGCAUGAGAGUAAUUUAAUGCAAGAACGUACCAUAACAAUUGUUUAUGGAAGCAAUUUUGUGGACCUUACAUUCAUUAAUUUUGUUGCAUCUAGUGUUUCAGAAGCGCAAGAAUGGACUGAUGCAUUAUUCAAAUGCACAAACAAUCUUCUUGAAUUUAAUUCAAGUCCUUUGAAGUGCUUAGAGAGAUUUUUUACAAGAAUAUAUGUCCAGAAAAAUCAGGAAGGAGAAAUUCCAACAAAAAUUUUAGUUAAAGCUUUUGUGAACAAUAAAGAAGAUAAAAAAAGAGCUUAUGGUACUCUGCAAUCUGUAGGAAUUGCAUCUGGAAAGAAAGAAACAAUACUUGUUAAAGAUUUCACUUUUGAGAGGUUUUUAGCAUUUUAUAAUCGAUUUGUAACAAGGCAUGACUUAGAUGGCGUCUUUGCUGAAUUAGGAGCUAAAAAUAAGCCUUAUCUGACCACAGAUCAACUAGUAGAUUUUCUUAAUAACCGACAGCGUGAUCCUAGGCUCAAUGAAAUACUUUUUCCUUAUUAUGAUAUAAGUGGGGCACAAGCCAUUGUUAAUACUUACGAACCAAACAAGGCAUUUGCGGAUAAAGGUUAUAUUUCUAUUGAUGGUCUCACAAAGUUUUUAAUGAGUAGCGAUGCUAAUAUUCUUUUACCUGGAAAGUUGCAAAUUCAUCAAGAUCUUACUUUUCCUGUUGCCCAUUACUUUAUUAAUUCUUCCCAUAACACAUAUUUGCAAGGCCACCAGUUAACAGGAAAAUCUUCAGUUGAAAUAUACAGACAAGUUUUGCUAGCUGGAUGUCGUUGCAUUGAGUUAGAUUGCUGGGACGGGCGCACGGAAGAGCAAGAGCCAGUUAUUACUCAUGGAAUGACAUUAUGUACUGAGGUCCCAUUUAAGGAUGUGAUUGAAGCGAUUAAAGAAUCAGCAUUUAAAACUUCUGAAUAUCCAGUCAUAUUGUCUUUCGAAAAUCAUUGCAGUGCCAAGCAACAAAAGAAAAUGGCAAGUUAUUGCCUUCAAAUCUUUGGAGAUCUUCUACUUAAUAAAGAAUUGGAAGAAUGUCCACUGUUACCAGGAGUUCCUUUACCAAGUCCAAAAAUGCUGAAAAGAAAAAUCUUGAUAAAAAAUAAAAAGCGUGACAUUAAAGUACCAGUGUCCGAAACAAAAAACUCUAACUUAUUUGCUCAAUCAAUUGAUUUAAACAUAAGUGGUGUUAUGCUUGAAAUUUCUAAUAUGGAAGACAUACCUGAAGAUGGAGAGUUAAAGGAAGUGGUUCCUAAGUCUGAAGAAGAAGAGACACCUGAAGUUGAAGCUCAACAAGAGUUAUCUGAACUUGUAAAUUAUUUUCAACCUGUUCACUUUAGAGGAUUUGAAAGGGCUGAAAAAGUAAAACGUUAUUAUGAGAUGUCAUCGUUUAGUGAAAAUGCUGCUAUGAAUCUGCUCAAGGAGCAACCUGUAGAAUUUGUCAAUUAUAACAAAUUUCAAGCAAGCAGAAUUUAUCCAAAAGGUAGUCGUGUGAGCUCAGACAAUUAUAUUCCGCAAUUAUUUUGGAAUGCUGGAUGCCAAUUGGUUGCAUUAAACUUUCAAACCUUAGAUGUUCCUAUGCAGCUAAAUCUUGGUAAAUUUGAAAUAAAUGGACGCUGUGGGUAUCUUUUAAAGCCUGAACACAUGAGGCGACAUGAUCGUACAUUUGAUCCAUUCGUUGAAUCUACAGUAGAUGGUAUAAUUGCUGGUACUGUUCAAGUUAGGGUUAUUUCUGGCCAGUGUUUAUUAGAAAGAAGAUCUGGAACUUAUGUUGAGGUUGAAAUGUAUGGAUUACCUGCUGAUACUGUUCGAAGAAAAUAUCGGACCAAAGUUGUUUCAAACAAUGGAUUGAAUCCAGUUUAUGAUGAAGAACCUUUUAAAUUUAAGGUAAUUUUACCUCAUCUUGCUGAAUUGCGAAUAUCAGUGUAUGAAGAAAAUGGAAAAAUGAUUGGUCACAGAGUAUUACCUGUGGAUGGUUUGUCACCAGGUUAUCGCCAUAUUAAGUUGAGAAAUGAAUCUUAUCAACCAUUGUGUCUUCCAACAUUAUUUGUUGAUAUUGUUACCAAAGACUACGUGCCUGAAAGUUUUUCAGAUUUUGCUGAUGCUCUAUCAAAUCCAAUGAAAUAUUUGUCAGAGAAAGAGAAGCGUACUCAACAGUUAGAAGCAUUUGAAUUUGAAGAAUCUGAUUCAACAGUUGCCACAAGUACUCCAGAGUUUUUAGCACCAGAGCUCCAAAAUAUAUCAGCAAUAAAAAGAGGAAGUAUAGUUUCAUUGCAAACUAUCAUUAAUCAAGAUAAAAGAGAUAAGCGUGAUCCUGGUAAAAUAGAAAUUAAAAAAAACCAAAAUGACAGUCUCGGAAAUCGCACUCAAUCUGAAGUGUUUGGAAAACCUGAAUCUCCCGUAGAAACACUAAAACGAACUUUUAGCACUCCUAGCUCACAAGAUAAUCACAUACGUCAUGAUAUUCUAAAAAUUAGUGCUCCAUCAAUUGAUACUCUCAAAGAACACAAAUUAUACAAAAAAUUGCAACAGAAAUUUGAUACUGAUUUUUUAUGUUUAAUGCAAAAACAAGCAAAAGAAAGAAUUCUUUACAGAAAAGAGCUUGAAGUUGAAACAAAGAAGUUAACCUUGAAUGUUGAGCGACAAAAAUCAGCCAUGCAAAAAAACCAUAACAAGCUUCUUAAAAUAGCUCAGGCUGAAGGAAACUAUAAUGAAGUAUACAAUAAUUGUUUAGCUGAAAUUAAACAGUUAAACAUUCGUCAUGAACAAGAGAUUGAAAGUUUGAUGAAUGAACAAAAAAAAAAUAUGAAAGAACAAUUCAUUCGAUGUUAUGAAGAACAGUAUGAUUUUUUAAAAAACAAAGUUGAACCUAAAAUUUCAGAACUGAAGAAAAUACUGCAUAUGUUUGAAGUUGCAGAUCGGAAAAAGUUAGACGAGCGUCAUUUAGGAGAUAUGAUGACACUUAAAAAAGACCAAGAUAAGUUUAAUCGUGGUGAAUUAAAAGAUAUAAUGCGUAAGUCAAAAGACAAAUUGGAACUUCAAAAAAUGAAACGCGUUCAGAACAAAAAACAUAUUGAACAGUCAGUUAUAGAAAGACAAAGUAUGAAAGAAUUCCAAGAAAAAGAAACACAGAUACUUAUAAAAAAAUAUGAAGAACAAAUAAAUAUUCUUGAUCAAAGAUAUGAAAAGGAGAUGAAAGAGCUAGAACAAAUAUUUGCAGCAAAGUGUGCUCUGUUGGAUUCUCAAGAUUUGCAAGUUAUUGUUCCUGAUCUUGCUAACAACGUUUCAGAUGUUUUUACCGGUUAAAGUUGUUUUGUUUUGAUAAAUAUCAAUAUUUUUUUUUGAGCUUUAUCAAAAGCCUUCAACUUUCAAUGUGCUUUUAAAAUGCUUUUUAUUAUAUUAUUUUUUUAUUUUUAUUUUAACCACUUUUACGUUUAGCUUCCAUUAUUUACUCUUUUAACCUCGUAUAUUUAUUUAUUGUUUAUAUAUAUACAUAUAAAUAUAAAUAUUACGCACUGUACAUGUACAUGUUUUAAUUAUUUUUUUAAUGUAUAAUAUUUUAACUUUCAUUUUUGUAUAAAAGUGUGCGAGAUUCUUUUAUAUUCAUAAGUUUAUUUUUAAAAAAUUAUUUUGUAUAUUUUGGUCGAAAAUCGACAGUGUUUAGGGAAACGCUAAGCUUUUUAGGUUGGAAAUAAAGGGGGGGGGGGGGGAGAGAAAAAGGGUAGAAAUUAUAUUAGAAAUUUAACUUUGUAAAUUUUAUUAGAGUUUUUAUUUGAAAAAAUCUUUUAAAAGAAAAAGAGUAUGAUUUGAUAGCUUGAUUAGAUUUUUCUUGCAACUACGCCCUUGUUAUUUUUUUAGCUGGCUUCGAUUGUUUUUGCGAUUACACUUUUAUUGUUUUUUC